CUUUUCGUCCCAUAGCUUAUUUGUCUAAAACUCUUGAUUCAGUAGCCAGGGGACUUCCUGCUUGUUUGCGUGCAGUGGCUGCCACGGCGAUCAUAGUGCAAGAUGCUGAAAAAAUUGUGUUAUCACAUAAAUUGAUAGUGCAUACCUCUCAUCAGGUAGGAGUCAUUAUGAGUAAUAUUUCUACUCAACAUAUGACUGCUCAACGCCGCUCUGGCUAUGAGGCUAUAUUAUUAGCUACUGCUAAUUUGAUUUUGAAGCCAACUUCUGUUAUUCAUGGCCCUACUGUACAUUUGCACAGGUUGCUGACGCAAGGUGAAUUUGAGAGUGAUGACCACGAGUGCCUGGACAGAAUCCAGAUUUCGACUGCCUGCAGGCCAGAUGUUUCUGCAUCUGUCCUGGAGGAGGGGAAGAAUUGAAAAACCCACUCAUCCUUUCGUUCCAGGACAACAGGUGCUGAUAAAGUGUCUGAAGCCCACAAAACUGGGUGAGCCAAAAUAUCUGGGGCCCGCCACGGUGAUUGCUGUGACGAGAACAGGAGUGCUGACUGACUUCCAGCCGCAGUGGAUCCAUGCCAGUCGACUGAAAGCAGCUCCAUCCCAGGGGAACGUUCUGGUCAAUGAGGAGAAGGAAGCCAGUGAGCCAAGGAAAGAUCCGAAGGAAGGUGAACCAAGACGUUCAACGAGGAGAAGAAGAAACCAGCAAUAAUUAUCAUUGAAGCUCUCUAGCCAUGAUUGCUAAAUUGACAUUUUACCUGGUUGUGCUGACAAAUGUGUUUAUUCACAUACAAGCUGCUGUUAGCACUGGUAAUGAAACUUGGGUACAUUAUGAAGAAGAACCACAUGCCUUCGCAGCUAACAUGUGGUGGAGAUUAGCCAACUACACUGCCAAAUCUGAAGGAAAAACAGGUGACUGUUAUGUUUGCACCAAAAUGCCACAUAGUGCUUCUGGACCACAUGUAGAGGUUAAAUCACUAAGGACAGAAGAAGAAUUAGAAUGCCCUAUUUUUGUUAGCAUUACUGGAAUGAUGGCUCCAAAUAGAAGUGCAAUAUGGAGUUGUGGAAAAAGUAGAAUAAUGAUGCUUGCAACGCAAGUACAUGCUAAAGUGACAACCAUUGGCUCUAUUCCAGACUCACUGUUAUGUAUGGAAAGAGAAACUGGAACAGUGAGACUGGGGGUAAUUCCUAAAAGUAAAUGUAAUCGAACAUACCAUCAUUGUGAGAUAGAAAAUAUGUCUUGUUGUAUGAGGUGUAUUUUGCAUUAUCCAAAAGCUAAUAUGACUGAGUGUUCUAAAGGAACACCACAUCCUAUAUCUACUAUGAUUGCUUAUGGAUGGGCUAAUCCUUUUAUUCAAGAUGUGUGUUCUAAAUAUUGUGCACUUGUGCCAGGUCAAAAUUGCUACAGAUAUGCUCCUGCUUCACGGGGAACUAGAGCUGUAAAAGAUUGGUUUUGGCUGUGUGGACAUAGAGUCUACACUACUCUUCCAGAAGAUUGGAGUGGAAGAUGUGCUCUAGUAACUUUGGAAGAAUAUUCCAUGGUUAUUAGACCACACAAACCUCACGUUAUGACAAAACAAAAACAGAAAAAGAAACGCUCCCUCUCUAGUCGCGGUUCAACUAGUAGUUUGAGUAGAGAUAAUCCAGUACCAAAGCAACAUCGACUCUGGACUGGUACUGAAAGAUUCUUUGAAGCAGUGUUUCCAGGAAUAGGUGUCUCUAGUCUUCAAAUUGAAGUUGAGGUUACAAGAUAUGAGCUAAUUUCAUUUAUCAAUACUACAAGAGACACAUUGGCUGGUGUUCAACAGGAACUCCGAGGGCUCUGUUUAACUGCCCUGCAAAACAGGCUAGUUUUAGAUCAAUUAACCGUGGCAGGAGGAGGAGUUUGUGUUAUUGUUGGUACUUCUUGUUGUACUUAUAUCCCUGAAAAUGAUGCAGAUGGUCAUUUAAUUUCAGAGGGUUUAAAAAAUAUGACUAGAAUUGCUCAAGAAUUACAAGAACGAGAAGUUACUGAUAAUCAAAGUGGGUUCUUAGCAUGGCUCACAGGAUGGCAACAAAUGCUUGUAUCUGCUUUAAUUCCUAUAGGUGUGAUCCUAUUAAUUAUGGCAUUUAUUAUCUGUUGUAUCAUUCCAUUUAUUAGAGCUUUGAUUAAUCGUGCCAUGAACAACUUUGUAUCCUCUCAAUAUGCUUUGAUGAAUAGACCUGUUAAAUGUUAAUAAUUUUGAAGGAAAAUGAAGGAAAUGUUUGCUGAGGAAUGUUAUGAUUUUGAAAGUAAUGCUGAGACUUGGGUGUGGCAAUUUUAUUGCCAAAAGGGGCAAUUGAUAGAUUUUAUGUUGGUCUCAGCAUUGAAAGUAUGUGGACUGAGGCUCCUUUUUUUUUUCCUCUGUCAAAGUUGUAUACUAUGUUUUAAACAUAUGGUUUUCUAUGUACCAGAACCAUUUCCAUAUAAGGCUCUACUAGGAGUAAAUGUGAAACAGGGAAUGGUCCCUGCUUAGGAGAAGGUCCUUGGGAUGCUAAGGGACCUCAUGGGUACCUGACCAAUAGAUGACCAUAUUUAGACUUGUUUUUCUAUAUGUAUCACAUUCCUAUAACAUGAUCUAUAUGAUGUAUUCUCUUUCUCAUUGGCUGAAACUAUACUACACCCCUUGUACUCUUUCUAUAUAUUCUCUCUUUUCUUAUCAAUAAAAUGAGACUAUAUUCUCCCUCA